AUGGGAGCACUUAGCACAUACUUCAAUUAUAAUUGUUACCCUUAUCAACCUACUCAAACUACCAAUAACAACUCAGAAAUCACCACUUUUCAACAUCAUGAACAAGAACAAAACCACUAUUUCAAUGAAGCUUCUCUUUUAGAUGAAAGCUUCAUUUUUCAAACUUACCCUUGUCAAGAUCAACAACUACUUGUUGACUCCACUUUUUCUUCUCAAAAUGAUGACUUUGUUUCAAUGAAUGAAAUUUUCCCAAAUGAGGAAGAUUUCAUUUUCAACAACUACCAGCUUCCAUGUCCAAAACGCCAAAAGCUGAUAUACUAUGAGGAGGAGAAAAGAGAAGAGCCACAACAAGAGCUUUUGAACUCAACCAAUUUUUUUAUGGAUGAGUUUGUGACUAACCCUAACCCUAACCCUUUUGCUUCCUUUGAGGCAGAAGUAGAACCACCUUUUGCUGCUACUUCAAAAAUUGAGAAGAAGGUUACCGAAAGGACUAUCUCGUCGCAGAGUAUCGCGGCUCGAGAAAGGAGAAGGAAGAUAACUGAGAAGACACAAGAGCUUGGGAAGUUGGUUCCUGGUGGACCAAAGAUGAACACAGCAGAGAUGCUUAAUGCUGCUGCUAAUUAUGUCAAGUUUCUUCAAGCUCAAGUUGGAAUGCUUCAACUUAUGGAAACAUUUAGCAAGGAAGAAAAGGAACCUCCUCCAAGUGAAGAACUACACAAACUAGUUGUUUCUCCAUUUGUUCAAGAGAAAUUGUAUUCAGAAGAAAAGUGCUUUGUUCCAAAAGAGUUUGUUACCACAUUGAGCAAUCAUGAUGAUGUUCAAUCAAAACCUACCAUCCUUAAGGGUCUGAAACAGCUUGUUGGAACUGAGAUUGAGAAGAAAUCAGACCAAGAAUAG